AUGAGCAAGAGAGAUACUCCUGAGCCGCAGGACGAACCGCACAAGCAACCGCAGGAAUACAUGAAUGAUUAUCUGUCGACGAACGAUGCCGGGUCGCAGGCGUCGCGGGACUCGACGUCGGACGCCAACCAGCACCACCACAGCAGCAGCAGCAACAACGUUAACAACAGCAGCAACAACUUCCACGGCAGCAGCAACAACGUCCAGAACAACAACAACAACAACAAUAACAACAACAACAGCAGCAGUAACAACGUCAACGACAUCAACAACAACGACGACGACCACUACAUCCCGUCGCGCGACUUUGCUCCACAGCACCGGAUCUCUGCGUCUGCGUCGUAUGUGCCCCGCAAAAACGGCGGUGAGAACAACGACAGCGGCUACCAGGUCCAACAGGUUGUGCCCAACACUCAGCAUGCAAUGUCGCGGUCUAACUCUGGCGCGCAGUCCACAGGCUACCGGAACCGGGCCCAAAGCGGCGUCUCCAGCUCCAACAUGAACAUGCGGUCCCUCAAGUCCAACGCCAACUCCACACAAGAUGUCCAGCAGCCAGAGGCGUCUGAAGACCCGCGCGACUCCGAUGUUCCGCUCAUGAUUAAGCCCAAGACGCUGUACCAAAAUCCACAGACUCCAACGGUUUUACCCUCUACGUAUCAUCCCAUCAAUAUGUGGUCCACUUUGAAGCAAACCUAUCUGAAAGAAUUCCUUGCAGAAUUUAUGGGCACCAUGGUUAUGAUCUUUUUUGGGUGCUCAGUCGUUUGCCAAGUCCGGUCUGGUCAACAGCAGCAGCGUGUCACUUUCUUGAAGCAAUUGGCGAGCUCUCAAGACAUUGACGCCGAAAACAAACUUGCGCUAUUACAGUAUCUUGUCCCGGUAGACAUUACCGGUACUUUCGACGACGUGGCUCUCAUUUGGGGUGGUGCAGUGGUGAUGGGUUAUUUCGCAGCAGGUGGUAGUGCUCUUUCAGGUGGUCACAUGAAUCCUGCAAUUACGCUCAGUAAUUGCGUUUUCCGCGGAUUUCCCUGGCGGAAGGUACCCAUCUACUGGUUUGGUCAAUUGCUAGGUGCUUAUGUCGGCGCCUUGGUCGUAUUCAUAUAUUAUCAACCGGUCAUUGAUGCGGUUUACCCCGAUUGGAACGGUAACGAAACUGUUCUAAGUAUGUUCUGCACCGACCCGCUCGAGUACCUAACUCCUUCUCGCCAGUUCGUCAGUGAACUUGUAGGUGGGGCCGUGUUACAAAUCGGAAUGUUUGCAUUGACUGAUCCUUAUACUUGCUUAAGAUCAGAUUUAUUUCCACUGAUGUUAUUUGUAUUAAUGUUUUGCUUAAUUGGUUCUACAUCACUUCAAACUGGUGCUGGUAUGAAUCCUGCAAGAGAUUUGGGUCCUAGAUUGGCAUUGGCUUCCAUGGGAUUUGAACGAGAAGUGCUAUGGACAAAUCAUCAUCAUUAUUUCUGGGUACCGAUAGUUGCUCCUUUCGUAGGUGCUUUGUUAGGCGGCACCGUCUACGAUAUUUGCAUUUAUCAAGGUCACGAAUCUGUUUUGAAUUGGCCCUUCUCUUUGGUCAGGGCAAAGUUGAGGCGAAUUUGGGCUCUUCGUCCCCGCUUUUACAAGAGAGAAAAAGAAGAUGCGGGUGGAGAUAUGAGCGAUUGGGAUUACGAUAACGAGAGCAACAACGAAAGUGCUAGAGACACCGACUACGAUGAAACUCCAAAGACCGGCUUCUUUUCUGAAAGUGACCCUCAGAUUCAAAAACAAGUUCAAUUCAAGAGUAUGUCUAAAAAUUUCAACGGUAAAAGAAACCCCUCCUCUGGUAUCCCAACAAUUUUUGAAGAAGGCGGUGACGAUGACGAUGAAGACGAUGGUCAGAACAAUCAAGCUAGUAAACCCAGCGAGAUUGCCCAAAGACCGUCUUUGGCGAAAAGCAAAACGAAAUCUAGCGAAAAGAAAGGUAAGCGAUAUUAA